GCCAGUUCCAGGACAGUCUCCAAGGCUACAGAGAAACCCUGUCUCGAAAAACAAACAACAACAAAAAAUUAACAAAAAGAGUGCUGGAGAGGCAGCUUACUGGUUAAGAGCAUCAUAUAGCUCUUCCAAAGGACAAGAGUUCAGUUCACAACUGCCUGUAACUCCAGUUCUAAGGGAAUCUAAUACUUCUACCUUCCACAGCCUAUGGUUUUCAUAUGGAGGCCAUCACUACAGCGGGUGUCGAGAAUACUGAGACACCUGCUUCCAGGAGAGAACAGUCUGGCCCCAUUCUUGGAGCUGCCGCAUUGGUUUUGGUCACAAUCAAACAAUGGAAAUGGGGCUCAUCAGUUAAGAUCACUGACUGUUCUUUCUAGAGAUCUUGAGUCCAAUUCCCAGCACCCACAUUUUGGUUCACAACAGUUUAUAACUAGUCUCAUGAGAUUCAAUGACCUCUUCUGGUGUACAGACAUACAUGCAGACAAAAUACCCACAUACAUAAAUAAAUCCUUAAAAGUCAGGGUGCAGGGAUGUUGUAGGGAAGCCACUUGUCCUUCCUGGAGUCAUACAGUCUUCCCCAAGCUCCUGUUGCUAGGAUGGAGGUGAAUUUCCUGGCCCCUGCCCUCUUCCACAGCUGUGCCUUCUCCCUCCAUACUUCUUCCAUCACCAGACCUUCCUCCCUGCUAACCUACACUCUGGAUGCCAAGGUAUGUCACUAGAGGGGACCAGCUCUCUCCCUAGAUAGCCAACAACUUGUGUUUGCUCACUUGUAGCCUUAUCUAAAAUCAACACCAGCACCUCCUGCCUCCAAAGGCUUCCAGGGGCCGAGUGGACAAGCCUCAUAUCUCAGCCAAUGCCCGGUCACCAUGCAUAAGCUUUCUGUCCUCACGGAUUGGAAGGUUGCAGGUAUUUCCUCCAUCUUCAGCCCCUCUGGGCCCCAGCACCAAAUGAUUUCUAAGUUCAGGUGGGUGACAGGGCUAUGAAGGUGUCUGGUAAUAAAGUUAUGUUGGGCUAGGACUAAACAUAGGAUUUCAGAUACCCCUGCCAGAUGGUCUUUUUCUCAGAGGAGGUGCAACCCAGACCAUGCUUCACCUGUCCCUAGAGUUCCCACAAGGGCCCAAUCCUCUCAAGACUACCUAAGAGGUCAGGAUGUCAUGGGGCCCUGAAUCAUCUGUUCUGCUAUCAACGCCCCCCCUAACUGGUCAUCCACUCAGAGCAGCCCUAUUGAGGCAAUGUCACCAUCACUGUGGCAGCAGGGACAGCAGAGCAGUGCUGCAGGAGCUAGAAGUCUGCUCACUGCAGGUACAUCGACAGGCCCCAGUCCUCAGGCCAUCCUAUUUUUAUUUUUUUUUUCUUUCCUUCUUUCUUUUUUUCUUUUUUUGUUUUUGUUUUUGUUGUUGUUCUGUUUUCCGAGACAAGGUUUUUCUGUGUAGACUUGGUUAUUCUGGAGGAACUCACUACAUAGAUCAGGCUGGCCUUGAAUUCAGAGAUCUACUUGCCUCCCCUUCCCUAGUGCUGGGAUCUUAAGAGCAUUACAGAAGAGUAUCCAACUACAUAAAGUCCUCUAGAAGUGGCAAGUCAUAGAGCCAAUAGAAUUUGGCAUAUGUGUGUCACAACCAUAGGCAUGGUUCAGCAAAGCUGCCUCCUGCAGGCCACAUUAUCAGUUAUAAAGUAGUCCCAAUCCUACCCUGUCACUUGGUCUUCAAAAAGCUAGCAGGCAAGGGGAGGGGAUCCUUGUGGGAAAGUUUCUAAGAACUGCCCCAUUAAAGUUAUACUGCAGGACUCCUAACACCGGGUCCAUCCCAUCUGCUCCUCCACAUGGGCAUCCCUUGUCCUAGGGCCUUGAUACCUGCCAGAGGACGGAGAGGCAAGCUGCCAGGUCAGCAAACACCAGACUGAACUGGGGUAUGGCUCAGUGAAAAAUGUCUACCAAAUACAAGGCUCCGGGAACUAUGCCUAACAGUCUAAAACAAAAACCAUCAGUAAGACCAAACAGUCACCUUUUACCAUACAGAAGACCAAUAAAGCAUGGCUACCAGGUGAGCGUCCCCCACACUCGCUCCCUAAGGAAGACAGUUCAGCCCUUCUUGGGAAACACCCCAGAAGCGAGCAUCUAUGUGAUCUUGUGAAGACAAUGGCUCAGUGGCAGGGCAAAGCUAAACAAAAUCUUAAAGCUCUCCUGAUGGCAACACCAACUCAUAUGGAAGGGGGCAAGCCACGGUCAUACAACUAAGCCAGACCUCAGAGCUCCUAAUCUGCCAAAACGCUCUACCAGGGCCAAGCCCACAUGGAUACCAUGGAGAUGUCAGAAGCUGGUGCCCCACCAGAAGCCAACUGGAUACCGCUGAGGACACCUGACUACCACUGUUGUUCUUCAACAGUGGAGAGAAGAGUAUUUAGUUCCCAUGGAAUGCAAUACUGCCCACGCAAAGUAGACAGCCUCACAGAUGAGGGUGCUGGAUCCAAACAAACAAAGGCUUCCUAUAUAAGGAGCAGCCAGGCAGCAGGCACCACAACCCCAGGCAUUCCAGGGCCAUCUGUCCCCACCACCAAAGCUAUGCUGUCUUCAGGGACCAUCUGCAGUCUGCUACUCCUCAGUGUUCUCUGGAUGGAUGUGGCCAUGGCGGGCUCCAGCUUCCUUAGCCCAGAGCAUCAGAAGGCCCAGCAAAGAAAAGAAUCAAAGAAGCCACCGGCGAAACUGCAGCCACGAUCUCUGGAAGGCUGGCUCCAGCCAGAGGGCAGAGGACAGGCAGACGGGACAGAGGAGGAACUGGAGAUCAGGUUCAACGCUCCUUUCGAUGUUGGUAUCAAGCUGUCAGGAGCUCAGUACCAACAGCACGGCCGGGCCCUGGGGAAGUUUCUUCAGGACAUCCUCUGGGAAGAAGUCAAAGAAGCACCAGCUGACAAGUGACUGGAGACAAGACCCACCGCUGUGAUUUCCUCCUGAGUAAGAACUCACAUCCAGCCUUAUGUUCCUCUGCAACUCCUGGCACUCUCCUACUGCCAUAAGAAUAAAAGCUCAAGCUGUGCACUAAA